AUGGCAGAGAGCAUACAGACCAGCAGAGGCACAGGGAGCAGACUAGGAGCCGGCGGAGGUGGUUGGUCCUCGAAGAUGGAGCAUGCGCAGUGGCCCCGCGCGCAAUCAAUGCACCGUUGGCUAUUGUAUCAACGGCCCGCCCCACUCCGCCCGUUCCCAUGGCUACCUCCUCUCUUCGUCUCUCCCACUUUUACUCUCUCUUUAGCACUGUAA